CCCCUUCCACGUCGACCUGCACACUCGCCAUAUUCUCAAGCCGGAGUGCACCGCGCGAGCCGUUUGCUUGUUCAGCGAAACGGUACAAUUCGGGCUAGCCAGAGGUCACAAAAGGAGACUGUCGACUUUUUAGAGGAGGAAGUCAAUUGAAGUUGACGUUUCGGCCGUAAACUUUGCCACCAUGAACGUGUUCCGCCUGACAGGAGACCUUUCUCACUUGGCAGCCAUCAUCAUCCUGCUCCUGAAGAUAUGGAAAAGCAGGUCCUGUGCAGGUAUCUCUGGAAAGAGUCAAAUCCUCUUUGCGAUUGUGUUCACGACACGCUACUUGGACCUGCUCACCUCCUUCAUCUCGCUCUACAACACGUGCAUGAAGGUGAUCUACAUCGGCUGCGCGUACGCCACCGUCUACCUGAUCUACGCCAAGUUCCGGGCCACCUAUGACGGCAAUCACGACAGCUUCAGGGUGGAGUUCCUGGUGGUCCCUGUCGGGGGUCUGUCUGUGCUCAUCAAUCAUGACUUUUCCCCCCUUGAGAUCCUGUGGACGUUCUCCAUCUACUUGGAGUCAGUGGCCAUCCUGCCGCAGCUCUUCAUGAUCAGCAAGACGGGCGAGGCAGAGACCAUCACCACCCACUACCUGUUCUGCCUGGGCCUGUACCGAGCCCUCUACCUCUUCAACUGGAUCUGGCGCUUCUACUUCGAGGGCUUCUUUGACAUGAUCGCCAUCGUCGCCGGCGUGGUCCAGACGGUCCUCUACUGCGACUUCUUCUACCUUUAUGUCACCAAAGGUUGGUUUUCCCGCCCUUACCGCCUCCAUUGUUAAUAAGUGCAUCACUGACAAAAAGUCACUC